AUGCAUCGCGAAAUAUACAAUCUCAACAGUUAUUGUAAGAUCCUCCAACUAACGAUAAAUCUGUCCUCAACUUACUUUCUUCAAAAGCCAUCCUAUAUUCGCACACGAUGGCGGCGAUCAGACUGGCUCGAUAAAUUUAUCCGCGCCCCUCUUUUGCGCAACUAUAAAUGCACUCUCGUUAGUUCCCAGUUCUUCUCUUCAUCCAUCUACCGGGAAGUCGACGCAUGCGACAACGAUGGAAGUUGCGCCUGUAUCAACACCAUUUCCAGCUUUAGGCAUGUUCCCAAUCAUCGCAGAUCAACUGGGUCCCGAGUUCAUAGACUACAGUUGUCCCAUAAACGUCUCCCAACUUCCUUAACCUUUCAUCCCGUCGGAUAUUGGUAUGACGAUCCCGUUAUUUGGGACAGCUGGGCAAAGUGCAAGCGACUCUAUUCAACAGGCGGCGAUACGUCGAUGGGAUUUGGUAUCACGGUGGUGAGCAAUACGGAGGUAUGGAAUGAUGCGUUUGCAGGGUUAAAGGCCAGGAAGGAGGCGUUUACUGAGGAGAGCGAUCCUGUGACUGUAUUCUUGGAGGGAGGGAUAUGGGUAAUGAAAUGCGAGGUGUCGAGUGAGUUACCACACUCAAGGUUGCUGUUUCUCUGCGACGUCAAAGUUGGGUCAAAUAGGCGCGAUAGUUAUUUGUCGCCCCACCAUGCUUUCCAUUAUCCUGGAUCUCCAUCCCUAGAAACCAGAGCCCAAGCCGAAAUCUUACUACAACUGCUAACGGAUGGCGUCAUCCCUCCACGUCCCUCCCUCUCUGUCCUAAUUCGCACAAAUAUCGCUAAUUUCGUCAUGGAACCAAAAUCUUCCACUCUUCUUGAACUCCGAGAUCCCCCUUCUAAUAGUGGACCCUUCUCUUCCCGCUUCCAACUUUUCUUGGAUCCCAUCAGUGCUAGUCCACUGUGCCAGUUAACUUCCGAUAUAUGGCUUAAACGUUAA